AUAUGUAUCUGGAGUGAAACUAAUUUUUCAUAGAUGUCCAUUUUUUAAAUUGACAUUUAUGUAAUUCACCGGAUUCAUAGAAGAAGUUUUAAAGAAAAGUUAACUCAUAUCAAUGAACAAAGACGAUAACGAAAUAACAAUUUUAUAGAUAUAGAAAAUGAAAUCACUUAUGGAAAGUCAAUAGUAAACAAAUCGAGAGCAUAAAACCUAAUCACCUUUCUUCAUUAUAUAGUCGAUGUUGCCUAUUUGGUUUUAGUGAUUUAUGUCAUCCACAAAACUUAAUUUCUUUUUGUGCAUAUGACGUCUUAAAAAUAAUUAAAAUGAAAUGUAAUAUAUUAACUCUUCAACAACGAUGAUAUAUUAAAAAAAUCAACAUUUGUAUUCGUCAUUUUAUAAUCGAUAAUGUAGUGUUGGAAAGUGUUAAAACCAUUUAAUAAACACAUUAUAUAAAAUCUCACCCUGCACAUGCACGGAGGUUAUCAUCUAGUGUAUGUUUAUACAUGAAAUUGUUUAUAGAAAAAAACAACUAAUCUAACUCUGAUUGCAUUAUUGGCAUUGAUCUACUUUUAUAGGCCAGUCACAAAAUAUUAUUUUCAAAGAUGCAAUCACUUGGCCACAUAAAUUAUUAUACAUCAAUUGAAAUUUCCCCAAAAUAGUUUGAGAACGUAUAGAGACGCAUCUUUUUCACUAGACUAUUUAUUCUAACAUCUUUAAUGCAUAUAGAGACACAAACGUAACAAACAAUGUAGGAUUGAAUAUACAUUGUGACAUUUGACACACGACAAUGCCAAUCAGGCUAUAAGAUAACACAGAUGCAUGUGAGAGGGAGAGAGAUGUAGAUUUAACUUAUAUGACUAUAUUUAUAUAGACAUUAAAACAUGAUCACCUCUAAGAAAAUAGCGGCGAGCUCUAGGCCGAUGAAACAGACGCCGCUGCAGCUUCAAACGAAGUGUAGAGGGCUUAAAUGGGUUGUUUUAUUUGUUUUAAUAUUUUUCCUGUCUCUAGUUGUCUAUCAUUUUGCUUCACUUGCUCAGCCACAGCCUCUACCGCUCCCGCAGUCUUCCAGCUUUUAUGCGUUUGUUCCGCCUCUGAUCUCAGACAAAAAAAAUUCUAACAACAAUGAUAACGGACAGUUUGAGGCAGAAGAUAGUAAAAAUUUGGAAAGAAUUCUAAGGGAAGCAUCGAUGGCGGAGAAGACCGUGAUAGUGACGAUGAUGAAUCAGGCUUAUGCGGAUCUAAACUCAACAUUUGAUGUGUUUCUCGAGGGCUUUCAAGUCGGUGAUGGCACAGAGAAGUUGCUCCGUCACGUGCUCGUGGUGUGUUUGGACGAGAGAGCUUACUCACAUUGCGUGGAGGUCUUUCCUCACCGUUGUUUCUUGCUGAGGACUACCGGCAUUGAUUUCUCAGGCGAGAGGCUGUUCACGGUGGGGGAUUAUCUCGAGAUGAUGUGGCGCCGAACCGAGUUCUUGGGUUCUUUGCUUAAGCUCGGAUAUAACUUCCUCUUCACGGACAUGGAUACAGUGUGGCUUCGAGAUCCAUUUCCUCGAUUAAUUCCGGAUGUAGAUUUUCAAAUCGCUUGCGACCGCUUCAACGGAAAUUCUAGCGAUACCCGCAAUUAUGCCGAUGGAGGAUUCAAAUUUGUCGUGGCGAACCACAGAACAAUCGAGUUCUACAACUAUUGGUAUGAGUCCAGACUAAGAUACCCUGGCAAUAACGAGCAGGACGUAAUUAACAAGAUCAAAGGCAAUAAAUAUCUCAACAAAAUCGGACUCAAAAUGAGGUUUCUAGACACGACACAUGUCGGAAAUUUCUGCCAACGAAACUGGGAUAUUACCAAAGUUUGUGUAAUGCAUGGGAAUUGUUGCAUUGGACAGGAUAAUAAGAUAAAAGAUUUAAGACAAGUUCUUGACGACUGGACGGCUUAUUUUUCCAAUGGAGACCGGGCAAGGGAGUUUCGUCAGCCGAUGAAUUGCUGGAGAAGUCUAAGGCGGCAGUAUAAUAAAGAGCGUGGUUAAUUUAUUUUUCUUGACGUUGUUGAAAGUAAAUCAAAAUAGCCAACGAGUUUUAUGAAUACCCGUAAUGUAGGAUAAAACAUUAUUUUGCUUUCAAGUAACGUGAAUUAGAGCAUAUAGACGAAACACCUGAAAGAAUGAUACGCCAAUAGCUCACAAAGAAACACAUGUCACAUCACAGGCAAACUAGAUACUAUCUAGCUAGCUAUACUCAAUUUCAUAAAGUUGAGAUCCUCUACAUAGUCUUAAAAAAACUUUAAGUUCACUACACUUAUCAAACUCUCCAUGGUAUGCUCCAAACCUUGGAUUUCAACACUUUAUAACCCACAUAUAUAGACAAGCCCGUAUAACGUUGAUCAAGAGGGUAAUUUUUAUACAGCCUAUACCCGCCUAAUUUAUCCAUCUAGUUUAUCAGUUUACUACUAGGCUGAUUACAAAACAUAUUUUUGUCAAUAAAACAUGAAUUUCUCAAACAUAACAUCAAAUCAGACUAUGAGACAUUAAACCAAUUCAGAUGGUUAAGUACUAAAAGCUUCAGUGAUGCAUACCCCUUACACUCAAAUGUCCAUAAUUUAAAAUUUGAUGUGAUUCUUGUCAAUUUCUAUAGGCUGUAUGUUGAAGUUACUGCAACCGGUGAAGUUUGCUAUGAUCUGAGCUAAUGCUAAGGUGAGUUUUGGCUAAAGAUUUUAGUUAUAUAUAAGCCACAGAUGGUAAACAGUAAAAGAAAAAAAGUCAAAGCAGAAAAAACAAAGAUACAAGAAUACUAUAAGAGGUCUUACAAGAGCCUUUAAACUUAAACAUACGAAAAGAGGAGUUCUGUGACACCCCAAUUAUUGAACAAGAUAAUCAGAGAUAACAAAGUGCUUAAGCCAAAAGCUUAAUAAAGAUCAGACGAAACCUUCAAAUGAGAAGUCAUACUCACACUCUCACAGCCAAACUACCAAAUCACCACCUAUCCUCACUCUAGGUUAGCUAAGCUAAAUUGCAGAUUUUUUCUGCCUUUUACGGAGUUUCAGAGUCAGAGACUUUGUUUUUGAUCGUUUUUGCCUUUCCCUAAUGAUAUUUAGGUCUCGGCUUGACUUGAGGUACAGGUACUUUGCAUCGUUAACAUUAAGAUCAUCUACAUGGUCUACAAAGGUAUAAACUCUAUGACGGUUCUCAUCAUAGUAUCCUCCAAGACCUUGGAUUUGAACUCUUUGGAAAGUGUUCCUUUCUAGAUUGAAAUAGAAAACAUAAAACGGUCUAGAUUUUCUAGAUGUAUAGUUCAUCGACAACACAAUAUGACCCAUAGUGGUCACUCCAGCGACGGAAACACCGAGGAGAUUAACGAUUUUAUCAUCCCACAAAGUGUAGAAUGUAUAUUUCGACCAUUCUUAAUUGUUUCUUAACAUCUUCUAGAACCCACACAUGCAACUCCAAGGUAUUGCCAUCACUAUCAUACUUCAGUUUCAUCCCACCUAGUUUUUCCUUAUAGUUUAUUAAGAUUAGCUAGCGCUACAAGUUAGUCUCAAUAUAUUCCAGUUCCGGUGUGGAAAAUAUUGAGAAAUUUGGUAUGGUUUUCUCCGGUUACAUUUUUUCCAAGAUUCCAUUUUACAUCCGAGAGAGUGGAUGGGUUAGUUGGGCUGAGAAAUUUAGUUGCAAAAGUUAUAAUAAAGUGAUUUGAUCACUGUAACUAUAAAUUAUUGAUGUGUAUAUAUAUAAUAUAUUUUUUUUCUGAGAUUUUGUUGCAGUUAUGUUGACUGUGAAUAUUUUAAAAGAGUAUUUCUUAAAUUCACUCCCUAUGAUAAACUUGUAAGUUUACCAACCAAUAAUAGUUUGUCACCUUAUAUUCAGUUUUGAAGAAAAAUAAUAAUAAAAAUUUGUCAAGUCAUAUUAUGUUUACAAAACAAAAAAAAAAGGUAAAAAUAAAUAAAAAAUAGUGGUAGCUACAAAAAAAAUAUUUGUUUACUUUGAUAAUGCCGUCAGAAAAACACUAAACCCUAACCACUAAACAUCAAACUUUUGGAUAAACCUUAAAUUCUUAGGUUAAUUGUAAACCCUAGAGUUUUGUUGAUGGCGUUCACGGUGUAGUGUUUAUGAUUUAGUUCUUAUUGUUUAGAAUUUAAUAUUUAAGAUUUAUCUAAGGGUUUAGAAUUUACCCAAGGAUUUAAUAUUUAAGAUUUAGGGUCUAGUGUUUUUCUGACGGUAUUAACACUGUUAAAAAAACGGCGUUAACACUGUUAAAAAAAAUUCUUUUUUGGCAGCUACUACUAUUUUUUUUUUAACUAAAUAUACAGUAACAAAAUAUUGUUGGUUGGUGAACCUGGUUCACCCUUUAUAUUUUAAACCUACAGGGUGAAUCCAAGAAAAAUCCAUUUUAGCAUAAAGUAUAACUUUAGUCAACAUUAACUUUUACUUAACCGAUAUUUAUUUGGUUAAGAAAAAUCAAACGACGUCUUUCGACCGUUUUUGAUAUUAUACAUGAUUAUUUUUUUAUUUUAUAGAUUCCACAACCUAAAUAAUAAAGAUGUAUGAUUUUGGCCUAAUUUGCACAAAUUUUGUUUUUUUUAAUUUUUAUGCUGUAGCUUUAGAAAUAAAGCUUAAUAAUGAUUGACAAAAAUUAGUAGAGUUUUGAUGCAGGUUUUAAAUUUUAAAACUAAAGCUAAAUCAUGGUUGAUAAAGAUUUGAUGAUUUAAAAAUAAAUAAAGAUAAAAAGUGAUAAAAAAAUACUUCAUCUUAGUCCUAGAUGACCAGAAAAUAAUUAUGAGCGAACUUUUUCUUCCUACCAACAGACCUAACCUAGAUUGUUUCCUUUGUCACACAUAGAAAAUACUAUAUUCAAAAUAUAAUUAUUUAUAUUCUAUUAAAUUAUUUAAUUGUAACAAAUUCAAAACAAAACUUUUGAUAAAAAGUCAAAAUUUAUGAAUAUUUAAUAGUUAAAUAUAUUAAGUUAUGCUUAGGUCUAUUAAUUAGUGUAAUACAUGAUUAAUCGAGUUUUCAAUUUAUUGAAUUCUAGAUUAUGCAUUUGUUGUAUGAUUGACACUUAGUUUAUUAAAUAUAAUAAAUAGGAUUAAUCGUUCAAUAUAUUUUAACAAACAAAGAUAUAAAAUAAAAUCUACUCAAAAUUAUAAAUUAAAAAAAAAUUAUUAAAGAAUUUUAUUUUUACUUUUUCUUGUCAGCAUUAAAAAAAGUAUUUAGUUUUAAGUAAAACUUAAUAGUCAAAAGUUAAAUUAAAUAUUUAGAAAAUAAAUAAAUUAUUAUUUUAUUUUAUUUUUUAUAGAAUGAUUUUAUUUUAUUUUGAAAUCGAUAAAUUUAAUUUAAAUUUUUUAUAAAUAAAACUAUUUUAAAUCAUAUAUUUAUGUGCAAAGCACCGAAUUAGUAUCCUGUGAAAGACUGGAAUCUAAUUUUACUUGGAGUAUCAUUAUUAAAUGUUUAGUUGUUAUGGUUCACAUUAUUCUGAAUUUUUGUUCAAAAUAAAAUUAGGGAAAUUAGGCUAAAUGACUAAAAAAAACAAAUAUACUAAUUAACUAUCCGAAAUCAUCUCUUCUCUCUUAGUUUUUUCCUAUCUCUCUCCCUCCUUUCUACAAAUUUUGUAUCUUUUUUUUUUGGUUAUUUGGCAAAUAACGCUAUAAAAUAGUACUUUUCUCAGCUAUUAAAGAUUAACAAAGUUCAUAAACUAAUAAUUGGAUGGAAAAAUUUGGAGAAAUACACUCAAAUAAGAGUAAUUUGAAAACUACACCAUUGUUUAAAUUUUUGGAAAAAUACACUUAUGUAUAAAUAAAUUUACCAAAUUGUUCAAUCUUAAUAUUUUUCAAUUCUUAAUUUAUUUUAUUUUAUACGUAAAGUAACGACCAAAUACUUUUAUUAAUUAUUAUCAUUGUUUACGAUAGCCUCCAAAAAUUGAGGAAAUUCAUGGAACAAUCUCCACUGAGUACUUAAAGAGAAAGACUUUCUAGCUAAAGAAUAUGCUGCUCUAUUAUUAUUUCUCUUGGUAUGUUGAAAUCUGCAGUUAACAAACAUUACUAUCUAAAAAAAACGGUAGAUAGGUAGAAAUGAAAUCGAGGCUGGAAAUUCUUGUUCUGAAUACUAUUAUUUAUAAUAGCAUUAUCUCCUUCAAAAAUCAGAUUAGUGUAUUCCAAUGACCAUGAAGCUUGCAUUGCCCAGAUCAAAACUGUAAAUUUUGAUUCUUCGACUGUUGGACGGCCUUUAAAAACACCCAUUCCUGAUCCGAGAACGAUGCCGUUACUACUUCAUAUCACCCAACCCAUACCAGAGUUAUGAUGACCUGAAAAUGAGAGGCAUCAUAGUUAUAUUUGACCCAUCCUAUCGGUGGAGGAGACCAAGCUGAAAUUUCUCUAUUAUGAGAUCAUUGUCUAGUUGGACUUCAAGACAAAUCUGGAAAAGAUGCAAACCAUUCCAUAACAUAUGCCUUUGCUCUAUUUAAAUUAUAGCCAGUGCCGUGCGAAGGUUAUUAGGAGCUUAGAACAAAAAUAAUUUAUUUUAUAUCAAAUAUGCAUAUUAAUUUUUUUUAAUACAAACCAGAAAAUAAAUUGUUUUCUUAUCUUAUAUUUUAAAAUUAUUUUUAAGAAAAAUUAAUCUUAUGAAAAUUAAGGUAAAAGUUAUAUUUUUGGUUACAACUGAAAAUUGUAUAUACAAACUCAAAUUAUACGUAGGAAAAUGUUUUCCACAUUCAAAAUAAAAAAUAUAUAAUAAAAUUAAUAUUCACAACAACUAAGCAGAAAUAGUCAUAUUAUUAAAAAAUAUUAAGAGAUAAUUAUAGUUUUUAUCAUAUUAUCAUAUAUUGAUUAUAUGAGUUAUGAAUAUAGAGGCCUCAAAAUGUACUAAUGUGAUAGGGAGUCUGGGGUCAAUGCCCCAAAAUUGAUAAGGUGAGCACGGCUCUGAUUAUAGCUUCCGGAAUAUUUAUCUUCCGAAAUAGUAACUCGUUCCUGCUUUUCCAAAAUUUCCACAUAAACCAAAGGGCAGUUGUCUACUUUCCUCCAUUAACAUAUCAUUAUUUGUAAUUUUGAAAAACAGCUUUAGCUUAUCUUCUAGUGAUCAUGUAUCAUCUGUGAGCGUAGUUGGAUAACCAGCAGCCAAUGUUUUUAAACCCGACCCGGACACUGAACCGGACGACUUACCGGAUCGCUGGAUCACUGGAUCGACCGCGGGUGAACCGCGGGUUAAUAAAUGAAUUAAUUUUAUUAUAUAAUAAUAUAUUAGCUACGAAAAUAAAUAUAUAAAAACUAAAGUUUAAUAUUUUCUAAAUGUUUUUUAAAACAUAAAAUAAUAGUUUGGAUAUAUAUACACUUUAUGUU